AACGCUUUUAUCGAAACCAUCCUUGUUUUCUAAUACCACCCAUCUUUCCAUCUAGUCUGCGUUUCUUCUUCUAACGUAGUUUUCAUCUUUUCUAGAUACGAUAUCUUUACUUAAUCUGCCUCUAUAUAUAUAUUUAUGUUAAUAUGUGUGUGUUUUCAAGAGCUAAUAAGGAAUCUUUCUUUUUUUUUUUUUUCUGACGAAAGAUACCCAGAGAAAGUGAGCAAGAGAGAGAGAGAGAGCAAUCCGUUCCUUUUCUGUCUGAACCCAGUGUCAGUUUCUUGCUUCUGUGAUAAUAGAAGGGAAGGAAAGAAGGGUAUCAUCAGCAUGGGGAGGGGUAGGGUUCAGCUGAAGAGAAUAGAGAACAAGAUCAACAGGCAAGUGACUUUUUCAAAGAGAAGGUCAGGUUUGUUGAAGAAAGCCCAUGAGAUCUCUGUCCUUUGUGAUGCUGAGGUUGCUCUCAUUGUCUUCUCAACCAGAGGCCAUCUCUUUGAAUACUCAACAGAUUCCAGCAUGGAGAUGAUCCUUGAACGGUAUGAAAGAUAUUCUUAUACAGAAAGGCAACUUGCUGCAAAUGAAAUUGAACAAAAUGGAAGCUGGACGCUGGAACAUGCUAAACUUAAAGCCAGAAUGGAGGUUUUACAAAGAAACCAAAGGCAUUAUAUGGGAGAAGAUCUUGAGAAAUUGAGUCUGAGAGAGCUUCAAAAUUUGGAGCAACAACUUGAUUCUGCCCUUAAACACGUAAGGUCAAAAAAGAAUCAGCUCAUGUUUGAGUCAAUUUCUGAGCUUCAGAAGAAGGAUAAAGCAUUGCAAGAGCAGAACAACAUGCUUGCAAAGAAGGUGAAGGAAAAGGAGAAGGCAGUUGCUCAGCAGAGACAAUUGGAGGAGCAAAAUAACUGCCAUGACCCGUCCUCAAUGCUUCUGCCACAGCCAAUGCAGUCCUUGAACACCAGUGGCAACUAUGAAGCAAGGAGCAGUGGAAGAGAGGAGGAAGGUGAUCCAGGACAAGAUCCCGUCGCCGAUGCGCUGUUGCCACUUUGGAUGAUCACCACGUUGAAUAACUAAAACCAACUCCUUUCUUUAGUAUAUUGUGUAAUUUUGAUGCAUAUAUAUAUAUGCCACCCAACUUGAUACGUGCGACUUGUAUCUAUACAGACCUGUGAUGUAAUUAA